GCCCUAAUAACAGCUAAACGACGGAGACACGCACAGGUCGAGCUUCGACUUGGAUCCUCCUCUCCUCUCAUUCUCUGUGACUUCGGCAGUGCGGCCACGCGAUUUCCUCUUCUUCCCCUAUCGAUCAACGUUGACCACGGCAGGCACAGACCACGGCGUGCUAUUUUCCUCCUCUUACUCUAUCGAUCGAAGCCAGGCAACGUUUUUCGUCCUCCCCCCCCCCCACUAUCGAUUGAAGCCAGGCACGCACAGACGCACUGAGUGAACACGCAGUGACCGUGCAGAGCGCGAUGCAAUCUUCCUCAUCCUCACCGAUCUAUCGUCGUCGACCAUGGCACGCACCGAAGCCAAGCAGCCAUUGAUGCACUGAACUGAACACAGAUUCAGAGUGUCAGGGCAAAGCAUCCCCUACUGAGUUCUCAUCGUUUUUUUUUUUCAUCCUCCCCGAUCGUUUUGAGUUUAGAUUCAGAAUCUUCUGAUCUUCUUCUUCAUCUGUCUGCUUCAUCAUUUAACUGUGCCAGCUCUAAUCAGAAAGAUGGGUAGCACAUUCAAUCCACAGAUUUUAGUGGAAAAGCUGACGAAGCUAAAUAACUCACAGGCGAGCAUAGAGACUUUGUCACAUUGGUGCAUCUUUCAUAUGAAUAAAGCCAAACAAGUAGUUGAAACGUGGGACAGGCAAUUUCAUUGUUCUCCUCGUGAGCAAAGAUUGGCAUUUCUAUAUCUUGCAAAUGAUAUUUUGCAGAACAGCAGGCGAAAGGGUUCAGAAUUUGUUGGUGAAUUCUGGAAGGUUCUUCCAGAUGCUAUUCGAGACGUGGUUGAAAAUGGAGAUGACUUUGGAAGGAACGCUGCACUUCGACUGAUAGGUAUAUGGGAAGAGAGAAAAGUUUUUGGUUCUCGUGGUCAAAUUCUUAAGGAAGAGUUUGCUGGGCGACAUGUGGAAAAUAUUACUCGUAAUGGGAAGCCUAUGAACUUGAAAUUGAGACCAUCUGCUGGGAAUGCAUUGGAGAAAAUAGUUUCAGGUUAUCGUGUUGUUUAUGGAGGGCAGACAGAUGAAGAUGUUGUACUGAGUAAAUGCAGGAAUACCAUUAGCUGUCUUGAGAAAGUGGAUAAGGAAGUUGGCCGUGAUAAUAAUUCAGGACAAUUCCAUGGAUCUGCGGUGGUGGAUGAGCUCCAGGGGCAUAAUGCUGCACUGAGGGACUGCAUAGAGCAAUUAACAGCAAUAGAGUCAUCGAGGGCAAGCCUUGUGUCUCACCUGAGAGAAGCUCUCCGGGAUCAGGAACUUAAGCUGGAUCAACUCCGAAGCCAGAUCCAAGCUGCACGUGUUCAGUCAGAACAGGUAGGUAAUACCUGUCGACAGUUACUAAACAGCAAUAAUAUUCUAUCAGCAGCUGAGCAAAGUUCAAAAGAAAUUCAUACCUCCACAGCACCUCCAAGCUUUAUGCCAAAAGAUAGGGAGCAAUCAGCUCCAUUAAUGUACACACAGCAAGUUUCUUUCCCUCAAAAGCCUGGACACGUUGAGGAAGAGCCGCAUAAGUCUGCUGCUGCUGCAAUGGCAGCAAAGCUAACUGCUUCAACAUCAUCUGCCCAGAUGCUGUCUUAUGUGCUGUCCUCUCUGGCAUCAGAAGGGGUCAUCGGUAAUUCCAUUAGUGAGUCUUCUGGUGAUUAUCAUUCAGAGAAGAGGGCCAAGCUGGAGAAUGACCAGCCAUCUUAUAUACCAUCUCAGAAUCCUCCACAACAACCGAUUCCUCCCCGUCCACAUCCUGAUUCUAUUCAACACAAUGCGUCUAUGAUUAAUCAGCAAUCUACUUCUAGUGAACCACCACCUCCACCCUUGUCAUCACCACCACCAUUGCCACCACCUCCACCAAUGCCACAGUAUCCGAUGCCACAGUUCAUGCAGGCUGCUGGCAAUGUAACAUAUAGCUAUAGCAUGGCGCAGCAACCAUCAACGGCAACUUUUCCAACUGUGGGGACUCCCCUGAACAGUGUUUCUCCACUUACACCUCCUCCAAUGACUACUUAUCAGGGUUUCCAAGGUUCAGAUGGAAAUUACUAUAACCAGCCCUCAUCAAUGCCAAUGGCUCCAAUUUCUCGGCAAUAAAUUCCUGAUCCUUGCUGUGAUGGAAUCGGAUUCAUGCUAUGAUCAGAUCUGCACAUAUUAGAUGUUUCCUAACCUGAUUAUUUGUUAAUUACUGUUCACUUUAGGGGGUUAAAAAAAUAUUCAUUUUAGGUGUUAAAACUGAGGGGAGGGCCUUUAAGUGUUGUAGAAGUUUCCUGAUGUUAAUGAUUUAGGGUUUAGAGGUUUACUGGUGGAAGGUUGCAAGAAUGCAGAUGCUGGCAUAAUCAGUGGCAGGAAGCAACUCAUCUGUCAAGCCGGCCUGUGUGUUUCUAAAUGAUCUGCAGCGACCCUUUUGGAUAGCAGUUGUAUGUACAAAUCAGUGUUAUGUAUUAGUAAUUUAUGGACUUACGUGUGCUAGAGCUAGAACUGAGUAAUAGGCACAAGUAAUUAUCAGCAGCAUAUUAGUUGUAUGAUAAGUUAUACUUCCAGUUCCAAGGCAUGUUCUGCUUUUUGUCUUA